CUUGGAAUGCCAGUCCUUGUUUGCCAAGAAAUGUCCCAGUGAGAACACCAACUCAUUUUCCUUUAUAAAUAAGCUCUCUUCUUUCCUCCUGAAUUACCGGAUCAUCCUGCAGCCAACAAAAGCAAAUCUCCGACGAUAUCUCCGGCAGGUCAGUUCUAAUCUCAAUGAACAUCGUCCAUCACGAAUACCUUGAAGAAUCUGAAGAAGAAGAAAGAUUGCCGAUUUUAAACAUGGAAAGCAUGAAAGUGAUAUCCCCACUGGGGCGGGGAGCCAAAGGCGUGGUCUUUCUCGUUAAAGAGGAGCCACUCGGUGAAUUUUACGCUUUGAAGGUGGUCUCGAGGGAAUUUGUGAAGAAAAAGAAGCGUGGCAGUAAUGAUAAGGACAUGGAAGGGGAAGAAUACAGGAGGAUUUAUUUUGAACAGCAAGUUGUGAGUCGUUUUAACCACCCACUUUUGCCAAAACUGCGAGGUGUUUUGGCCACUGACAAGAUUCUUGCCUACGCCAUAGAUUAUUGCCCUGGUCGUGAUCUUCAUUUCUUGCGAAAACAACAGAGCGAGAAAAUGUUCGCCAUAGAUACUAUCAGGUUUUACGCGGCAGAGUUGGUUUUGGCAUUGGAGUAUCUACACCGUUUAGGGAUAGCGUACAGAGAUUUAAAGCCGGAUAAUAUAAUGGUUCAAGAAAACGGUCACAUAAUGCUUGUAGAUUUCGAUCUAUCCACAAAACUUCCUCCAAAAUCUGCAAGCCCAGUUUCGGUAGUGGCAGAUCGGAGAAAACGACGGUCUCCUCUCCACCGAUUUUUCAACAGGGGGGUUUCACCGGAUGACUCAGGGGAGGAACUGGGCCACAGAUUGUCGGAGCCAGACUCGACCUCCAAGUCUAACUCGUUCGUUGGAACGGAGGAGUACGUGGCACCGGAAGUGAUUCAAGGGGACGGUCACGAUUUUGGUGUUGAUUGGUGGUCUUUGGGUGUCGUUUUGUACGAGAUGUUGUAUGGAGUGACGCCGUUUAAGGGGGAAAGUAGGAAGGAGUCUUUUUACAGGAUUUUAACUAAAAAACCUGAUUUAGUUGGUGAAGCGACGCCUUUGAGGGACUUGAUUGGGAAGUUGUUGAUCAAGGACCCUAAGGAGAGGAUUAGGGUUGAGGGAAUCAAGGGUCAUGAUUUUUUUAAAGGAAUUGAUUGGGAUUUAUUGCUGCAAAUCUUGAGGCCACCAUAUAUUCCUUUCAUGGAUAAUUGGAGUGAGGGAGAGGGUAAGAAUGGAAUUAAGGAAAUUGAUGUGGAGAUAUUUGUCCAAGAAAUUUUUGGUGCGGGUGAUGAUGAUAAAAAGAAGAAUCUUGAUGGUAAUCAUCAUGGGAAUGAGAAUAAAAAGGUUUGGGUUAAUGGACUCAAUACCAACCAUCCGUGUGAGGCUGAGAAUUUUCUUGUUUUUUAACUUUAAUUUUAACUAAUUAAUUGUAAUAUUUAUUCAUUUUUUAACCCAACAUAUAUACACAUACAUGAAUAUUGAGAUA